GGGUGGGGACACCACAUGGAAUCAUGGCUUGGAAUGGAGUCGGUGAGUUCCGACUGAUGAAGUUUGAGCUGAAUUAUCUUAAUCACAAAAAUAGCAAGAAAGAUAAAAUUCUACAGGCAGGCAAAUUUUACAUUAUUUAACAAUCAAAUGGGCUCUCAAAUCCUGAAAAUCUCGCCAUUUGCUUCCUCUAGAACCUUCAUUCUCAAUUCAACCCAUUUGUCAAGAGCUGUACUGAAUUCACCAGCCCCCAAUAAUUCUCUUUCUAAUUCCCAUAUCAAAUCUUUUUCAUUUGCGAAACCCAUAAAAUACUGCACAACUUUGAGUGGGUUUUGUGGGUUGAAUCAUCGUCGAGGCUUCAGAGGUGGGGUCGUGGCCAUGGCGGCAUCUGGUUCAGUUUCCAAGUCUGAGGAGGAAUGGCGUGCAAUUCUUUCUCCUGAACAGUUCCGGAUUCUCAGGCAGAAAGGCACUGAGUAUCCUGGUACUGGGGAGUACGACAAAUUCUUCGAAGAAGGUAUCUACAAAUGUGCAGGAUGUGGAACUCCCCUCUAUAGAUCCACAACAAAAUUUAACUCGGGAUGUGGUUGGCCAGCAUUCUACGAGGGUCUCCCAGGGGCUAUAAACCGAAAUCCGGAUCCUGAUGGAAUGAGGGUAGAAAUUACAUGUGCAGCCUGUGGUGGACACCUCGGUCACGUUUUUAAAGGUGAAGGUUUUCGUACACCAACGGACGAACGCCAUUGUGUUAACAGUAUUUCAUUGAAGUUCACUCCUGCAAAUUCCGGAUGAAGCGCGCAUUGGCGGUUUUAGAUUAUGUAAGUCAUCAAAUUACCUCAAUAAAAUCUGCAGAAGAUCUGUUUGGGCCUGAGAUCUUCGCUUUCUUGUUUAAAUAGGUGCCUGUUAUUUGUCGAUGCUGUGGAUUGAACCAUACAUUUUUCAUUAUGCAUCUUUAACCAUAUAAUAUUUAAUAAAAUAAUAUUACACGUAAAUACA